AAACCUGCUGGAAUUAUCAUUCAAGCUUGCUGGUUGGGACUGUUUUAGUGUCAUUUUAAUCCCAAUUUGGUAUCAAUUUGGGUGCAAAUUUAUCGGAUGGCUGAAUCAGAGUUGCAGCAUGAAACUUCCCAUCUUGCACACGUAAUGCGUGAUAUGGAAAAAGAUUAUGAGUUUGCGGUAGGAAUGGUUUUUCCAAAUGAACUUGAAGCAUACGAUAAGUAUGUGGCCUAUGCAAUCGGCAAAGGAUUUGGGGUGAGAAAGGGUAAUAUGUUCAAAAAUGGUAAAGGAGAAUUAACCCGACGAACUUUUGUGUGCCAUUGUGAGGGGCAUUCUGUCAGCUCAUCUGAUCAAGAAAAGAAAUUUGAGAGGUAUGAAGUUAGAUAUGGCUGUCCUGCUCGUAUCAAAUUUAAGGUUAACAAUGGUGUCUAUGAAGUCAUGAAGCAUAUUUCUGAGCAUAAUCAUGCAUUUAUUCCGGAUGAUCAAAAGCAUUUGAUUAGAUGUGGAAGAAUCAUGUCUGAUACUUCUAAGAGUGUCUUAGUUGACAUGAGGAAAGCCGGCAUUGGAGGGACUACAGCGUAUAAGUUUUUAGCAAAUGAAGCUGGAGGAAGCAAAAACUUGGGUUUUAACCUGCGUGAUUGUCAAAAUUAUUUGCAAACGAAAAGAUCCGAUGGUAUAAGUGGGGGAGAUGGUCAAAGUGUUUUAAAUCAUUUUCAUCUCAUGCAAAUGCAAAAUCCAAUGUUUUCAUAUGAUGUAUAGGUAGAUCAAGAUGGUAGAUUGAC